CGCUCUUUCCCUUUCUCGCUUCGUCUCAUCCGAUUCUUCCUCCUCCCUCUUCCUAUAUAUCCCCCGAUCUGCUCCUCUCCUAUAAAAGGUUCAUCGUCUUUGGAUUUUCGCACAGGUAUCGCUUUCCCGCUUGAAUCCACCCGACUUCGAUCACGCCUCGCUCGAUUGACCCGGGAUCUGCAGCAACGCUUAUACGUUUGAUGUCAAAUUGGGUGAUGUUCGUGGUGAUUCGGCCGGUGACAUAGUUGUGUGGAGCUGAAUUAGUCGUCGAUUCUGUUUGUCACUGGAAAUUUCGUGGAGAAGAAAGAGAGUGUCUUGUUUAUGGAGCAAAUCGUGUUUUUUUGUCCGGUUUGGAUAUAACGAAGCGAUUGUGGGAGUUUUUGGAGCAAGUUAAUGAGAAGGGAUAAUAUAUAUACUCGGAAGGAAACAUCUUGAUUGUUUUUUUAUAAGAGGUACAUGGCCGAACAGGGCCUAGAGGGAAGCCAACCUGUUGACCUCUCCAAACAUCCUUCUGGCAUCGUUCCGACACUUCAUGUUCUUUCUCAUAAUCAGGAACAUUGUUUCAACUGUUAACCUGGACUGCAAGUUGGAUCUUAAAGCAAUAGCUCUACAAGCUCGUAAUGCUGAGUAUAAUCCAAAGCGUUUUGCUGCAGUAAUUAUGCGAAUAAGAGAGCCAAAAACUACUGCAUUGAUAUUUGCAUCUGGAAAGAUGGUAUGUACUGGAGCAAAAAGUGAGCAGCAAUCGAAACUUGCAGCAAGAAAGUAUGCUAGAAUAAUUCAGAAGCUUGGCUUUCCGGCCAAGUUUAAGGAUUUUAAGAUUCAGAAUAUUGUGGGUUCUUGCGAUGUCAAAUUCCCAAUCAGGCUAGAAGGCCUCGCAUAUUCUCAUGGUGCCUUUUGCAGUUAUGAGCCAGAGCUCUUUCCUGGUCUGAUCUACCGAAUGAAGCAACCAAAAAUUGUUCUUCUGAUAUUCGUAUCAGGAAAAAUUGUUAUUACUGGAGCUAAGGUGAGAGAGGAGACAUACUUAGCAUUUGAAAACAUAUAUCCAGUUCUAACAGAGUUCAGGAAAAACCAGCAAUGAGGCCGAUGCUGUCAGAUUGGUGCUAAUGCUAGUGAGCCAAGAAAAACUUUGGUACUUGCUGUUUACAUGUACUAUGUAGUAUUCAAGAUUUGCCUAGCAUGAUGUAAACUUGAAAUUCUAAGAGUAAGCAGCUUGUUCCAACUAUGAUAUAAGAAGAUUUUGCCUCGUAUGUUUUUAUUUGCUA